GUGAUAACAGAAUUCAUAAAGAUCCAUAUGAUCUUCAUUUUUGCAACUAUGAUAAGACAUCUCCAUUAGCUUAUCACUUUCAUAAAUGUAUACCUACCUUAUAUAACCCUGAGUUCCCGCUAAAUGUACAUCAAAGAAGAAAUGAAGGAUUAUGACCAUGAUGCUUUUUAUAUAAUUGGAGCAAUAGUGGAUAAAGUAAACCAAGCACCUUUAUCUUUAGCUAGAGCAAAGGAGCAGAAUAUAAAAAUGGCAAAAUUUCCUUUAGACCGAUAUUUAUCAUGGGCUGGUGGUUCAGGAAAAAGUCUAACUCUUAAUCAAGUAUUGUUGAUACUCUUAGAUUUAAAGGAGACUGGUGAUUGGAAAUAUUCUUUGAGACACGUACCCCAAAGAAAACUACUUCGAGAUGAAGAAGUCUUUGAGGAAAUGACUAAAAAACUAAUGAGGACUAGAAGAAAAUGGUCUCCCCAAACAAAUUUGAAUAAUUUAGGUUACAAAUAUAAUAAGAAUCGAUAUGAAACACAAGACUCUAAAUAUCCUAAAAGUCGAUUUUCUGUUAGUAAUUCAUUCAUAAAAAAAUAAAAUUUAAUUUAACA